AUGGCAGCAACAAAGACCCUUCAGACACAGAAUGACCCCACAAAACAAUACACAUAUCUCACCGAAACAACUCCUCACAUUGCCACGAUCCUAGGCUUCCCAUCGCGUCCUUCAACCUUCCCAGCGCUGUAUACUCGCACCUGCACCGAGAUAGUUGAUCUAGCAUGCACAAUCGCAGCCUUCGAGCCCGUCCGACUCCAUGUCCGCCCAGAGGAUGUCCCUCAUGCCCAAAAUCUGAUUUCCAAACGUCUCCCAGCAAAUGAUACCAACAAUGCCACGCAAAAAGCCAACAUUACCCUCACGCCUGCCCCGACAAAUCACUGCUGGGUCCGCGAUACUGGCCCUGUCUACGUACGCGGUGUUAAAGAUCCUAACCAACGAUACGCAAUCGACUUUCAAUUCUGCGAAUGGGGAAACAAGAUCAAAGAACUUCUCUACAAUCAUUCGGAAGACAAAGCUCUCGCUGGAACAGAGGAGGGAGACUGGCCAACCAUGGACUCAUCGCGACAGGCCGAAAACGGACAAUUUGCGCGCCGAGUCCUGGAAAUCGAGAACACGAAACUAGACUCUAACCAUGUUAUCCGGGUUGAGUCAGCCAUACGCCUGGAAGGUGGUGGGAUAGAAAUGGACGGCGAGGGAACCUUCAUGGCGGCUGAAAGUAGUGUGAUUGUCCCAUCGCGAAACGCAGGUAUCUCGCGUGAGAAGAUCGAGACCGAAUUAUCGCGACUACUCGGAAUUAAGAAGUUCAUUUGGAUUCCCGGACGAGAGGGACUCGAUAUCACAGACUGUCACAUUGAUGCGGAGGCCAGAUUUGUGCGGCCCGGUGUAGUUGUGGUAUGUAAGCCACAUGUGAAGUGUGAGGCUGUUUACUGGGAUAUCUACCGGGAGGCACGGGAAGUUCUGGAUAAUGCCGUUGAUGCCCAGGGGCGGAAACUGGAAGUUAUCGAUAUCGAGGAGCCGGAUCCUGAUCUUGUCAAGGGGGAUGUGCCUGGCGAGGAGUCUUGCCCUGCAGCAUCAUACGUGAAUUACUAUUUUGUGAAUGGGGGACUUGUAAUUCCUGCCUUUGGGGACGCAGAGACCGACAAGAAGGCCUUUGAAACGCUCAAAGCGCUUGUACCGGAGCGUGAGGUUAGACAGGUUUCUGUGAAUGCGUUGCCGAGGACUGGCGGUGUCUUGCAUUGUACGACACAGCAGGUUCUGUGA